CCACAUAAGUGAUAAAGAACACUUCCCAACUUAUUUUAUGAAGCUAUCAUACCUUAACACCAAAACUUGAUAGGGACAUUACAUAAAGGAAAAUUACAGGCCAAUCUCAUUCGUGAUCAUAGUUGCAAAAAUCCUAAGAAAAUAGUAGCAAAUUGAAUCCAGCAUAUAUUAAAAGCACAGCAUGUUAUGACCAAGAAGUGUUCAUUCCAGAAUGCAAGGUUCAUUUAAUAGUUGAAAAUCGACAAAUAUAAAUUCACCACAUCAGCAGAAUAAAAGAGGCAAAGCUUAUAAUCAUCUCAAAUGAUGCAGAAGAAGAAUUAGAUAAAAGUCAACAACCAUUCCAGAUAAAAUCUCUUAGCAAACGAGGAAGAAAAGGGAGUCUACAGAAUCUGAUACAGGUAUCUACAAAAAACUUAACAGCAAACAUCAUACUUAAUGGAAAAAUGCUGAAAAUGUUUCCUCUGAGAUAAGGAAAUGAGAAAAGCAUGCCUUCUCUUUACCAUUCCUAUCCAAUAAGUGGGACCAAGCUAACUUUUUGGAGGAAAAGAGUGAUACAUUGUAAACUUUUCAGGGCAUGUAUCCUGUCGGGCUGGAAGGACUGGGAAACAGAAACACUGACAAGAAGCUAUCACAGUGAUAAGGGUCUUCCCCUGCAUUCAUCCCUUUUUUCCUUCUCAGGGUCAGAACCACAGUGGGAAGCAACAAUCUUUAGGAUGACCAAUCAGAUAAUGUUUGGAUCACUCAGCAGCUUCAGAUCAAGGAGCCUUGAAGUAUCUUCUACAACAACCCUGUUGAUUCACAAGAGAACCAUGGUCCCGAGAGAUUAAACCAGUUGCCCAAGAUCCCACUGCCACUUAGUUGCCAUCUUCCCUCUCUGGUUGGUAAUGCGAGUCCCCCAAGUCCACUGCAAGGGGCCCCAGGUGCAGCAGUGGCUCCGCCUCUUGGGAUGAAGGCUCUGGAGCAAAGAAUCUCUUGGGCGGGGCAGAACGCAUCAGCACUGCAGCGUGUCCAGUGGCACACCUUUUGCCCGGCUGACAUCACAAGCAGAAUGCUGGGGCUGGUCACGGUUGAAUUGUGACAUCAGGGAGCAAAAUUGCAGGCAGUGUCGAGGAGGGGGGCCAACUUGAUGGGGAGACCGCAAAACAGCAGCCAAAGGGAAAGGUGAGAAGGUGGUCAUCAAACCUCAAGAGAUGUAAAGGGCUGGGGUGAGGGCACACUGGACUGGUGGGGCUCCUCCCCGCACUGGUGAAGUGCGGGCAAGGCCCCUACGCCUGAAUGCCCAAGGGUUCCUUUUUCUCCCUCCGUAGGGCAGCCAAGCCUCUGGCUCUUCUUGACAUACAGAGAGUUUCACGGCCAGUCCAGGACCAAGUCCCAGCCCUGCAGCCCCCUGCCCAGCCCUCAAGACCUCCCCAAGGCCAGUUCCUGAUGAAUGACAACAAUCUCCCCACAUUGGAGGGCCAAGUCCUCUGCCCCAUUUGCCUGGAGGUGUUCCGCAGCCCGGUCACUACCGCCUGCGGGCACAACUUCUGCAGGACCUGCCUCCAGGGCUUCUGGGACCACCAGGCAGCUGUGGGAGAGACGCUCUGUUGCCCCCAGUGCCGAGAGAGCUUCCCCUCCAGGCCUCGCCUCUGCGAGAACAUCACCCUGGAGGAGAUGGUGACCUGUUUCACCCAGGCCGAGGGCCAGGCCUGGGGGCCACAGAACCUGGCCGGGCCCAGAGACGUGCCCUGCGACUUCUGUGCCCCAGAGAAGCUCAAGUCAGUCAAGUCGUGCCUGCAGUGCAUGGCCUCCCUGUGCGAGAAGCACCUGCGCCGCCACUUCGAGGACCAGGUGUUCCAGGGCCACCAGCUGCUGGAGCCCGUGUGGGACCUCAAGAGCCGGCUGUGCCGGAAGCACCGCAAGCUACAGAGGCUGUACUGCCGCACGGAAGGCUGCUGCGUGUGCGGGGCCUGCCUGCUGAAGGAGCGCAAGAACCACGACACCAUCCCCCUGGAGGAGGAGCGUGCCAGCAAGGAGAUCGAGGUUCGGAAGGUCCAGGCCAACGUGGAGAACCAGAUGCUGACCAUCACCUCUGACAGCCAAAAGGACCGGGGCCAGGUGGCUUUUCUCUCAGUAAGGUUGGUCCACCCCCAGCCCCGGCCCAGGCUGAGGGGACCUCUCAGGGCUUGGAGGGAAUGGGGUGAGGCCAGGAAGACAGAGAAGGGAUGCCUAGGCAGAAGACAACGGCGGUACUGGCGUGGGGCUCAGAGAUGCCUCUCUAUACGCCCUUCCACUUCCGGAGCGACCAGCAAUUUCUGCAGGCAAGGCCCCACCCUACCCCCACCUCUGCCCCAAGCCCAUGAGUUCCUGGAAUCUGCUUGGGGCCUGGCUAACAAGUGGUAUUGGCCAGCCCCGCCCUGCAUGCAGGAGUUCCCCAGGCUGAAGCACUUCCCGGCCUGCGUGGAACCCCUGAUGGGCACCAACUGUGAGGAGAAGCAGAGCUUCCUCCAGCUGCCAGAGACCUUGGCAGAGCUCCGGACCCAGCUGGUGGACGUGGGUCUCAGCUUCAUCAACCAGCUCUUCCUAAAGGGCAUCAAGAUGAACUCCUAUGAGGUGCUGCCCCCAGCUGUGGACAGGGAAACACUUCUCAAGUGUUAUUGCAGCCUGAACCUCGACCCCGCCGCGGCCAGUGAAGAGCUGUUCCUGCUCAAGGAGGCCCACUCGGCGCUGAGCCUGGGCACCCUCCUGGAGCCCCGCGCCGCGGCGCCCCGUCCCGGCGGCUUCAAGCAGUGGCCGCAGGUGCUGUGCUCGCGCGGCCUGGCGGAGGGCUGCCACUACCGGGAGGCCGAGGUGUCCGACUCGUGGGUGUGCCUGGGCGUCACCUACCGCCGCAGCCCCCCGCCCAGCGGCCGCCCGCGCCGCAACAUCAUCUACCUGCUGGGCCGCAGCCCCUACUCGUGGUGCCUGGAGUGGGACUCGCUCAGCUUCUCCGUGCGGCACAACGACGCGCAGACGGUGCUGCACGGCGGCCAGCACCGCACGCUCGGCGUGGCGCUCCACUGCGGCGCCGGCUGCCUCUCCUUGUACGGCGUGGAGGGCGGCGUGAGCCUCCUCUACCGCGUCCUGGCCUCCUUCCUGGAGCCGCUCUACCCCGCGGUCACGGUCAGCAGCGGCGCCUCGGUCACGCUCAAGCAGCGCCCGGAGGCGUAG